AUGACCUUCUGAUGAAUAAAGGGACUAAGCUGAAUGAAAAUAAACUUUGUAAAUGAAAUUAGGGUGCACUAGUACUAUUUUGAGUUUGAGUUUUUCUUCGUCAAAUGAGUGUGGUUUUGUUGCACAUAGGGUUCAAAUCUCCCCAGUCAAGUGUGACUUCUCACUGGUCUAAUAUAUAGCACUACAUGCUUCUGCGCCAUCAGACACACUAUGAUGGACCCGAGAGCAUCUGGAAAGCUUCUGCUUGGACUAGUAAUGUUAGAGUCAUGGAUCGGAUUUAUUUAUACUCACACUGACCUGGAGCCUGUCCUACAUGAGACAUCUCUACUCAACCCCAAAGUAGCCAUUGCGAUUUUGGCUCGAAACAGCGAACACAGUCUUCCUUAUUUUUUAGGAUGCAUCGAGAGGCUGGAUUAUCCCAAGGACCGUAUCUCUAUCUGGGCUGCUACUGACCACAAUACUGACAACACCACUGGAAUGCUGCGUGAAUGGAUCGCUGGAGUGGAGGAUUUGUAUCAUUCGGUACAGCUGCACACCAUGGAGCAGGAGAAGAGUUCUUAUGUGGAUGAGCUGGGCCCCAAGCACUGGCCGGAGACUCGGUUCACUCAUGUGAUGAAGCUGAGGCAGGCGGCACUUAAAUCAGCCCGGGCGCAGUGGGCAGACUACGUCCUGUUCACAGACAGUGAUAACCUGCUUACAAACACACAAGUGCUGAAUCAACUGAUUUCUGAAAAUCGGACGCUGGUGGCUCCAAUGCUCGACUCAAGAACGCUCUAUUCAAACUUCUGGUGUGGCAUGACCUCACAGGGCUAUUAUAAGCGAACACCACAUUAUGUACCCAUUCGAACCUGGAAGCGAACCGGUUGUCACCCGGUUCCCAUGAUUCACUCCACAAUGUUGAUAGACCUGCGCCGCAGAGCUAGUGAAUUGCUGGCCUUUUACCCCGUGCACCAUCACUAUCUUUGGGCCCUCGAUGAUAUCAUGGCAUUUGCUUUUUCUGCAAGACAAACAGGUGUGCAGAUGUUCAUUUGCAACAGAGAGCAUUAUGGGUAUCUGCCACAGCCUCUGCAGAUGAAGCAGACGCUGGAGGAGGAAGUGGAGAGUUUUAGCCACACUGUCACUGAGGCGCUAGUUGACUUUAAAAUGGAAACUUCACAGUAUCUGCACAUUGUCUCCAAACCCAAAGACACCAUGGCUUUCAAUCAGGUCUACCUGAUCAAUCUGAAGCGUCGGGAAGAUCGUAGAGAUCGUAUGCUGCGCUCGCUGGAAGUCCUGGGCAUAGACGUCACCCUUACCGAUGCGGUGGAUGGCAAAGCCAUGAAUUCAACUCAGCUCAGGACUUUAGGAAUUGAGAUGCUUCCUGGUUUUAAAGAUCCGUACUCUGACCGAGUGCUGACUAAGGGGGAAAUUGGCUGCUUCCUUAGUCAUUAUAACAUCUGGAAAAAGGUGGUGGAGCUCCAGCAACAGCAGGUGCUUGUACUGGAGGACGAUGUCAGGUUUGAGACAAACUUUAAGAGCCGCCUCAACACCAUCAUGGAGGAUGUGAAGCGAUCAGGCCUCCAGUGGGACUUAAUUUAUGUGGGACGUAAGCGUUUGCAAAUCAAGCAUCCGGAGCGCUGGGUGGAGGGAGUGAAGAACCUGGUGAGCCCAGAUUACUCGUAUUGGACAUUGGGAUAUGCCCUUUCACUGCAAGGAGCAAAGAUACUUCUGGAAGCUCAGCCUCUCAGCAAGAUGCUGCCCGUUGACGAGUUUCUACCUGUUAUGUUCAACAAGCACCCCAAGAAGGAAUACAUGUCUCAUUUUCAAUUGAGAAACUUGAAGGCUUUCUCCGUUCAACCCUUGCUGCUGUUUCCCACACAUUACACUGGAGAAGCAGGCUAUUUCAGUGACACGGAGACCUCCAGCAUCUGGGAUGACGAGACCGUGUCCACUGACUGGGAUCGUAAUCGCAUCCGUGGAGGAAAAACCACCACAUCUGUCUCUGAGAGCAGCCCAAAGGAUGAACUCUGAAGCUAUCCUAUUGAGAGACUAUUUAAUUAUCUACAUUGACGACCGGGGGGAGUGCUUCGUAUAAUAGAUGCUUCAGUAAAUUAUGACUUAUUUAAAUUACAUCUAUUUCAAUAACAAAACGUAUUUAAGUUUUCAG